CGGUGACCGCAUUAGCCGUCUUGAAUUCCUUAGCUGCUGCUUAGUUUUAUUUAAGGCUCAUCUUCUUUAUCUGUCAUGUUAGAUAAUCAUAUGAUUUGUCAAGCACGCUAGUCUCGCGAAAUUUCACCGCCAUCUUGAUAGCAACUUGCCCCAGCAUGCCUAAAUGUUUUUCACCGUUUCAUGUCAACGCACAUUCCGCGCAAAAAAUUCCCGGAUUGAAGCGCAUGGAUAUUGCUUAUGCUGACGCGAAGACUCUGGCAACAGUUGCCGUAGGAAUAAACGCCAUAGACACGGUAGCUGUGACGACUGUUUCCCAUCAACAACUCUAAGUUCAUAUAAAUACAUUUUUGUAUUUCUUAAAUGAUCAAUGGCAGCACAAACAUACGUUACAGAUUUACAAGUAAUGAAUCCUGCUGCUGUUCAGGCUUUUGGUCUAGACCUCACAUCUGAUGGGAAUGGGGCGGUGGUUAAGACAUCAGGUGGAGGCUCACAAGGUGGACAGCAAGGACAAAAAACAACUAUCAUACAACCUGCUCAAGCACAUACUGGCCAGCAGUUUAUUGUUACUACUUCAUCAGUUGACCAUCAACAACUGGCAGAACAAGCACAACAAGAAACAAUUACUAUUCAACAAGGUGGACAAACAGUGUACCCCACACAUCUACAGUACGUAGAGGGCUCAGACCCUGGCAUCUACGCUAAUGGCCAAAUGGCUAAAGAUCUGGUGCUGAAAGCCAGGCAUAAUUAUGGUGAUUAUAGUCAAGGGACCAUGUACACUAAUGUGUCAGGAACAUACUACCAGACCCCACAAGGAACCCAGAAUCCAUUCUUUCAACAGGUGGCGCAAAGUCUAAUGCCUGUUGGAACAUCUGUACAAACAUUACAAGGACAGAUAAUCCAACAAGGUGGGACUUUCCUCAUUCAAAGUGGUACUGUAGAUGGAGAUGGCACACCAUUGACACAUACAACAAGAGCAUCACCAGUUACUAACCACACCCCUCUGGCAGAGCUGAGCAAUUUGCACACUAAAGAGGUUCAAUGGCUAAUUGACAAUUAUGAAACAGCUGAGGGGGUCAGUUUGCCACGUAGUACACUUUACUAUCAUUACCUGAGGCAUUGUCAAGAGCAAGGGCUUGACCCAAUGAAUCCUGCUUCCUUUGGGAAGCUUAUUCGAUCAGUGUUCCUUGGACUUAGAACUAGACGUUUAGGAACAAGGGGCAACUCCAAAUAUCAUUACUAUGGCAUUCGUAUCAGAGCCAACUCCUCCCUGAAUCAAUUUACAGAUGAUCAGACAAUGGCUCUCAGACAGCAACCUAUGUAUACCAGCAAAAAGUUAGCUAAUCAGAAGCAAGAAGGAUCUGAUGGAGACAGUGGACAGACAGGAACUCAAGGUGGUGGCCAAUCUGAUACUGGCCAUUCUCAGCAGCAGCAGCAUACUCAGUUCUUAGGCGAUGCCUCUCAUGCCCUCCCAUCAUUCGGCAAUGUUGAUGUUAGCCUCAUUCCAUUUCCUGAUGGUAUUGGUGUGGAAGACAUCAGAGCUUUUGAAAAAAUUUAUAGAGAGCAUGCUGAGGCAGUGGUGGAUGUGGUUGUUAACUUGCAUUUUAACCUCAUAGAGAAUCUAUGGCAGACUUUUUGGAGAAACCCAGCACCUGAGUCACCCAGUUUAGAUCCAUUUGAGAAACGUAUCCCUAAAGAAAAACUCUAUACACUUUGUCGCUAUGAACCUUUGAUGAACUGGGUCCGCAGAUCAGACUAUGCAUUUUACCAGGCACUUGUAGAAGUUUUAAUUCCUGAUGUUCUUCGACCUAUACCCAGUUCACUUACACAAGCUAUUCGUAACUUUGCAAAAAGUUUAGAAGGCUGGUUGAAAAAUGCUAUGCAAAAUGUACCAGAAGAAAUGGUGAAAACAAAGCUUGGAGCUGUUUGUGCCUUUGCACAAACUUUACGCCGUUACACUUCACUCAAUCACCUGGCUCAGGCAGCUCGUGCUGUGUUGCAAAAUACCUCCCAAAUAAACCAGAUGUUAACAGAUCUCAAUCGAGUUGAUUUUACCAAUGUACAAGAGCAAGCUUCUUGGGUUUGUCAAUGCGAAGAUGCAUUAGUUCAACAACUUGAACAAGAUUUUAAGGCAACACUAAAGCAAGGGAAUUCCUUAGAGCAGUGGGCUCAAUGGCUGGAAGGUGUGGUCAAUCAAGUGCUCAAACCUCAUGAAGGAAAUGAAAAUUUCCCAAAGGCAGCCAGACAGUUUUUACUCAAGUGGUCUUUUUAUAGCUCAAUGGUGAUAAGAGAUCUUACCCUGCGCAGUGCAGCAAGUUUUGGUUCUUUUCAUCUUAUUCGUCUUCUUUAUGACGAAUUUAUGUUUUAUCUUGUUGAACAUAAAGUAGCCAGUGCAACAGGUCAGACACCUAUAGCUGUCAUGGGAGAAGUAAGACAGUUCCAUGAUUUGAGCAGUGCUGUCAAUCUUGGUACUAUGGAUAUGGACGAUGAUGAAGAAUCAUCCAACUCAUCCCAGCCUUCUAUGUUAUCUCAACCACAAGUUGUUCAGCGUGUUACAAUGGUUGCUCCCCAGAGUGCAACCCCAACCCCGACCACACUCAUGCUGGUUACUUCCAAUACUCCAGGCUCUGUUGGAGGCCAAACAGCAGUUGCAGUUCGUCAAGGACCUGGAACAAUCGGCCAAUCAGGCACACCAACCAUUACUGUAAGACCCACAGCAAAUGGUAUUGGUGGAGCUGGAGGUUUGGUUGUUUUAUCUGGCACGUCAGUCUCUGGGGCAACUCCAGUCCAUUCAGUCAGCACAGCAACACAGGGUGGCCUGCCCACCACUUUGGCUGUUCGCACCACUUCCAGUGCUAAUCCCAACUCCAGCAAAACACACACAAUUUUAGUCAUGCCUGUUUCAUCUAGUGGUGCAGGUGAUGUGACAGCAGCAAAAAGGGUUAAGACAGAAUAGCCUUUAAAAAAGUAUUCAUCUGGACUCUCUAAAUAUCAAAACAGAAAAUAACUUUUGCUCAAGCUUCUCACUAUAAGAGAAAGUAUUGGCUGUUAAAUGAGGACUGUUUUUGUAAAUAAUGAAAGAAAUAGGUUUUCUGCUUUUACAGAGAGGGCUCAUUAUAAGCACAAAAAUUGUAAAAGCUCAAAUAUGUUGAAACAAAGGCUAGGUCCAUUAGCUUCAGUGGACUAGUGGUGAAUCACUCAUACUCUUUCAGUUCUAGGUUUACACUUGGAAUGGCUGUUGUUUUGUAGUGCAAAAUUACCAAAUAAUUAUCUAGCCUCUUUAAGUAAAUUUAGAAAAAUCUAAACUAAUCUUUAAGUAUCUUUAACUUAAAGUGCAUCAUGAAAUGUAAACUGGAAAUGUAUUAGUUCUUCAUUAUUAUACAGAAAUGUAUUAGACUUAGACCUUCAUAAUUAUACAUUUUCUUACUUUUUAUUAUUGCUUAAAAUGUUAAAAAAUACAUUUAUCAUUUAUGUACAGUGUAAAAAUAGAGUUAAAGUUUUUAUACUAAGUAUUUUAAAAAUGUCUUGUAGACAGCAUUUGUAUUUGACAGCUUACAAAAAUUAUUGUGUGCAUUGUCAUUUGAAAUUUGGUAACAGUCCACCGUGCUUAGGCUAGCCAUGAUAUGUAAAUACAGUUGAAACCUUUUUUUCAUCAAAAACUAUUUUUGAAAGCAGAUACCCUAAUGUAUUUUUUUAUAUUUAAGCUCAUGUCAUGUUUAAAAGGUCGAGGAAGCUGCUCACCAUUUUAUAUUCAACAUACUUUAAAAGUAACAUUCCUUGUUGAUCUGAGUUGACUUGAAUCUUUAUCAAUUCUUUACUCUUACAUUUCUUUAUAAACAAUCAUUGACACAUACAAACUGGUGCAUAAAAGGCUAUUUAUGGAAUUUUGAGCACACCUUUAAUGAAAGUUGUCUUAUUUUGUAGAAUUAUAUCAUUUUGAUUUUGUGCAAACAACUGAAAUAAUUCACAUGGAUUUUUAAACUAUCACUCUUUGCUUAUGACACCUCAUUCAUUUAACUGAAUGUGUUACUUUCCAUGGGAUAUUGCCUUCUUGCUGAACUCAGUUACACAAGACAUUGUAGACAUCUACAUCAACAGUAAAUGUUUAGUCAGUAAAUGUUAAAGAUGGUUGUUGUUGCUUAGGUCAUUAUGUAUAUGCUCCUUGUGGUAUUUAUUCUGCUGACUCUGUCUUAAGUACAAUUAAGUGUGAAUGUUACUGUACAAAGUGGUUUUCUCUUGUACAUUCUCUUUCUCUAAAAUGUGUUUAAAUGUUUGGAAGUGGUGCAUACAAUGAUUGUAAAUCCUCUUAUCAAAAAGUGUGUCAGUCUAAUAUGUAUGACAAUUUGCCACAAAGUAUUUUUUAAGUAAAACAGUCCGUCCAACUUUUAUUAAUUAAAAACUUCUUUUCCAAACUGUCUUAAAUUAUUAACUUUCAAUAAUUUGAAAAAAUUGCAGUAUUUGUCUUUUUAUUUUAAAAAUAGUAACAGAUUUUUAACAGAAAAGUAAAUGACAACUGGAAAAAAGCUUAUCAAACUGUUUUACUGAGACAUUAUUAUAGUUUAGUUGUGUGAUGUUAAUUCCCCAUUGUUGUUCUGCAUGUACAAAUAGUAAUACUGUGAUGUUAACCUUGGACUGAUAAUCUACAAAUAAGUGAGAGUUCUUCAAAAAAUAUUUUUAUAUAAGCGUUGCCAUAACUUGUUAGAUCAUUAUUAUUUAGUCAAAUAGAAUUUUUAUAGAAGUACUUUUCUUUUAAGGCUUAGAUCUAGACAUUAAGACUUGUUUCUAGAACCCUAGUGGCAAAUAGAUUGAUUGCAGUUGACAGUCUCAUUGAUAGUGUGCAGUAAUUCUUCUACCCCAUGUGUAGUCCAAUCUAGUCAGCUAGUAUAUAUUACUGCUUAAAUUACUGAUCAUUUGUCAUUCCUUUUUUUUUUUCCUUCCUCCAUUCCAUCGUUUGUACAAACUCAUCUGAUGUAAAUAUUGUGUCUAUAGGGUCAACUGUAAUGACUCCCAACAUGUUUGUUGCAGGUCAUAAUCACUGAGCUUGGCAAAUUGUGGCCAUAGUUAAAUGUAAAUGUGAUUUCUAAUUGAGCUGGAUAAAAGAUUGUACUGCUGUCUCCAUUUGCUCCAGUAUGGUGUACAUUUAAUAUUGAAUUGGAUAAUUCAAUUUUUGAUGUUGAAUUGUUAUGGUAGAAACACAUCUUAAGAUUGCCUUUACUUUACAAGUAGAAAAUGUGGGUUCAUUUCAGCAUUUAUUCAUGAAAGGCUAUGCAUGUUUCAAUUGUCUAUGCUGAUAGUGUUUCAAGGCAAUUUUAGCCAAAAUUAUUUAUAUUAAUUAUUUCUCUUCAUGUUAUUUAAAUUCUAUAAAUGCUUUGUUUUUAAUCUACAGUCAUUUGACUACUAUCAAACUCUCUAAUUCCACUGUUUGAAUGUUUUUAGUGUUUUUGUUAAUUAAUUUCUUAAGUGGUCUUGAUGCAAAAUGUUUUUUUACUAUCUCAUUUUAGUUGUUUAUGAAUGAUAAGUUUUUUUAUUUUAUUCAUGGAAACGGGGUACGCAUUUAGUUAGUUUUUGCCAUUUUUUUUUUUAAUUGAAUGAAAUGAGAAUGUUUGCCUUAUUCUGAUUCAUAGUCUGAUUUAAUAGCCUUAGCAAGUGAAGACUCAGGGAAACUUUCUCUUACAUUCUUGCUUCUCAGCCCAGAUUUUUCCAACAACAGGUAACUAGAGCUGGCAUCAUUCAAACUGUAUAACUGUUUAUACUGUGUGACCUAAGCACCAAUUAGUUUGUGUUGGCACUAAUCAUGUACAGUCUGCUUUAAAUAAAUUAUUUUUGGCUAUUGUACCUUUUUUCCCCUUUCACCCCUGACCUAUAAAUAUGCAAACAGCUGAUGCCUGCAUCAGUUGGUGUGUUGACAUCCCAUUGUGCAAAUCUUAGGGUAGACAUGUUCCAAACUGCUUUCUAUUUGAAUGAAUGUUUGAUUUUGUGUGUUGAGUUCACAGACUGGUUACGGCAUCCAUUUUAAGUCUGGCAUGUUAUUUUUUAUUUUGACAAACCGUUCUUAUUGUCUUUUACAUGAAGUUAUCUUCACCUGCUGAAUAAAACAUUACUAUAAUG